AUGGCAUCCACGACAACCAGAUUUCUGCCGACCGGCGAAGGACCACGAGUCAUCGUCUACCAUCAAACAAUACACCGAGAUGGGCAAUACGUGUCUCUGUUGCCGCUGAUUACCAAGCAGACGGGCGUGACGCAUGUAAUAGUGGCGGCUAUACAUCUGAACGAAGGUCCGGGCAACAUUACCUUGAACGACGAUCCUCCGCACGCUUCCAAAUAUGAAACGUUAUGGGGAGAGGUGGCAUGGUUGCAAGCUUCUGGCGUCAAGGUGCUGGGGAUGCUGGGUGGUGCUGCAAAGGGCAGUUUCGAAAGACUUGAUGGACCCGAUGAUCAAAAGGAUUACUACAAACCAUUGCACGCUUUGAUAUCCAAACACAAUCUUUCGGGCUUGGAUCUGGAUAUCGAAGAACACAUGACUCUGCCGGGAGUCAUUCGUCUGAUCGACCGUCUACGUGCUGACUUUGGACCUGCUUUUCUCAUCACAUUGGCACCCGUAGCCACAGCAUUGCUUCCUAACCAACCGCAUCUCUCAGGCUUUGACUACAGACUAUUGGAGCAGAUGCGCGGCAACCAGAUCGCAUGGUACAACACGCAGUUCUACUGUGGAUGGGGUGACGCGACAACGACUUUCUGGUACGAUGCCAUUAUGAGCGUAGGAUGGCGUGCAGACAAAGUCGUCGUCGGUCUAGUCACAAACCCAGGAAACGGUGCAGGUUAUGUGGAACAAAGCACCUCUCACGAUGUGAUGAGAAUGCUACGUGCAAAGUAUUCGACGUUCGGCGGUGUGAUGGGUUGGGAGUACUUCAACUCGAUGCCCGGGGAGCACGCGGAACCAUGGCAAUGGGCUGCAGGUAUGGCGAGAGCAAUCAGGCAAGCACUGCCGCCGUCGGGUCAAUUGCAAGGCGGAAGGGGCGUAGAGAGACCCGGUGCAGGUAGCUUGCCGCCAACGAUGCCGCAACCAGCGCACUCUUUCCCUGCGCAAGACAUCGAGACCCUGCAGAACUUGGGAUUCUCGAGUCAGCAAGCGAUUGCAGCGCUCAACGCGACUAGCGGCAACGUGGAAUAUGCUGCAGGGCUGCUCUUCGAGUACUGA